AUGUCCUCUAAAUUGAAGAAAGAUCCAGAAUACAGUACUCAUCAAGGAGAGCUUGAGUAUAAUCGUCCUAAAAACCGAUACAAAGAUAUUGUGCCAUGUAAGUAUUGAUUCAGUUGUUUUCAUUAGUUUUCAAAUGUCUUCUAGUUUUAAAAAUUUUGUAUGAAAUAUUGCUCUGUUCUUAGUUUACCUUCAAAAACCCAAAGAAUGAUUAGCAUCUAAUUUCUCCUUUCAAUAUCACCCCUGGAUCAAACAUGAAGGUCACAAGAAUGAAGAAAAUGAUCACCAACUAAAUAUGGUCUUGAUCAUUAAACAAAUUCUCUCUGUCAGCACCUUAGUAAAUAUUUAGAGAAAAGUAUAGAGAAUAUGCAUACUGAUGCAAGGGUGUAAAGGAUUCACAAUGCACAACAUGGUGGUGGGUUCUAGAAGACGAGAAACUGCUCAUUUAAUUGCAUGCUUUGAAAAUAUAACUGCAAAUCAUAAUUUCAAGGGUUAUUGCACAUGUCAAGUUAUGCAAAACUAUGUUUGCCUGGGCAAGUUUACAAAGUCUAAGCAUUUAUGUUUUGAUUAUUCAGUAGCAUUAGUUCUCCUUUAUGUAAAAAUUUCCCAACCAGUGCAAUAUUUUGGGAGUAGAUUUGAAAAAAAAUGCAAGAAACAAAAAACCUUCAUAAACUUUGUUGAGAAUGAUCAAACUUGAACCAAAACAUGUAAAUAUACACUGCAUGGAUAAUGAUGUUUGUAUGCAGUCGACAUCUUUGUGGGCAGUUGAUACUUAUCUAUCAUGGCUGAUAAUUGUUGUUAUUAUACUUUUAGUUGACUAUAAUCGUAUCACUCUUCCAUCAUUGGCUGGUAAACCUGGCUCAGACUACAUCAAUGGAAACUACAUUAAGGUAUAAUAUACAGUGUAGGAAAGAGUUAGAGACUUCAUGACCAUGAUGAGGAUAAUAACUUCACUGUUGUUUGAUUUGCUCUUGUAAUUGUAAUUGUUAUUGUUAUUGUUAUUGUUAUUGUUAUGUCCCUUGGUCAGUAGUGUAAUUAAAGUAAAUGAAAAAUGAACCCUUUAACUCCCAUGAGUGACCAAGAUAGAAUUUCUCCUUACAAUAACAAUACAAUAUCAACCAGGUGAGUGAUGAGAAUAAAGAAAAAUAUCAAUUUGGGGAUAAUUAGUUGAUCCAAUACUAAAUUCUCUGAACUAACAUUAUAAGACUGAUAUGGUUGGAAGUAAGGAGAAUUACAAAUUUGAUCUGGGAGUUAAAAGGUUAAACAAUUCAACCGAGAAAACAGGAAACAAUGCAAUACAACUGCAGGCUGUCACCACAUUAUGCAGGAAACAUUUUUGAGUGACACUUUCUUUAAGCUACAUGUGUAAUGCUUCAAAAGGGUUUCACUCAGUGUCACAAUAAUUUAAGAACUAAGAAAAUUUCUGAGAAAAUAUUUAAACUUGAAAGUGAAAAUAUGUUUCAGCUGAAGAUUAUUUGCAAGUUGUGUUUUUGUCUCAAGUAACUGAAGAAUGUUUGUGCAGUUACUGAGCAUUUCAACACAAUUUCACCUUGUUUACUAGUUUUACUAAGCCAUAUAACCAAGGGAAAAAAAGGGAAAUAAGAGAAAAGAUAGAAAAUAAUAAAAAGAAAUACCAAAAUAAAGAAAUAAACUAAUCAAGAAAGAGAAAAAAAAUCCUGUAUCAAACUAUAACCUGGAUGAUUCAAUAUAAAACUAUGUAUCACCAGGGACCAGAUGGGAAGACUCAUUACCUGGCUCUGCAAGGUCCUUUGCCAAGAACAGUUGAUGAUUUCUGGAGAGUGAUAGCAUCUCACAAAUGCCAGGUAAUACAUUUUUUUAACUUGGCUGUUUCUUAAGUAAACUCCUUUCUCUUAAGGCUCUUCAGAUAACUAACAGUUAGAUCAGGAGCUUGAGAUAUCUAGCAUCUAGAAACCAAGAGCAAAGAGAACUGGUUGAUGUUCAAAAUCUUAUCACAAGAAAGGUUCAAGGUUUUUUACUUUAUUUUGUUUACAAAUGCUUGGCUACUCACAAAAUUGUCUGUCACAGAAUAGUUAAAACUAAGUGUAUUGAAUAGUGAAAACUCAGUGUGUCCAGUCAGUUGGGGCAUUCAUAUGAUAGAACACUGGCAAAUUAUACUCAAAAUAUGCCAUUUUAAAGUUGUGUAUCUAGUUGCCAAGCCUUUGAUUUGGAGUGAGGCUGAAGGUGACCUUGUGGGUAUAGAGACCAGUAUCUAGUUAGCAUGAUCACAAAGUAAUUCACAUUUGAAAAUCGGCAAGGUAUGUAUCAUAACAAGGUCACCCUUAGCCUAACCCCUGUUCAAAAGCUUAACAACCAAGCACCCAACUGUGAAAUGGAGUAUUGUUAAUUGUUUACAUCUGUGCCUUGGUGGGUUCUUUGAGAAGGAACCUUGGAGGAGAGUCUUACCCACUCAAUGCUUUUUUUUUCCCAUCGUCAAUCUGAAGUAAAAGAAGUAAAAGAUGAUUUUAACUCUUGGAGUAACGACUGACACUUUAUGUCAACUAAUGUUUGAAUCUAUAGAUUGUGAUAAUGGUAUGCAGAGAAAUUGAGAUGGGGAAGGUGAGUGUUGAUUCUUCUACAGGUAUAAUAAACUGGGUGAGAAGAACUCAAAUGACUUUACCGUGACAUUAGUCAAUAUGCCGCCAGACCAAAUUAGCAUGAGUAAGCAAGUUGAGCCCUCAACCUUCCCCUUACCCCCAAAAAAAAAAAAAAAAAAGAAAAAAAAAAGAAAAAAAAAAGUUGAAAGCAAAGAUCAAAAGAUACCCUUGUCUACACUAAAUUUUUGGACACUUAUGUAGUGUCUUACUUUCAUUUAGCCUCUUUUUGUCAUUAUGAUUAGUUGUGUCUAGUAGAUAACAAAAGUUUGAAAAAGGGAAAAUAAUACUGGAAGGGAGGUAUUUUCAGUUUUUAAAUUAUUUACUCUUUACUGAUCUCAGCUAAAAUGUAAAAGAUAUUGGCCAGAAAGCACAGAUGAGGUACUCAAUUUCGCUGGCUUGGAAAUAUCAUUGGUAAGUUACUGAUUGAGUUUUUGUUUUUGAUCUUGUUUUGAUGUCCAAAUCAUAUCUGUGAAAUUAACAAAUGCUAGUAUUAAUAAUGAUUCAUCUUUGUGUCAGGAGCCUUAUUUUAUAAGUGAUCAAUUGCUCUUGAUACAAAUAUUUUAAUUCUGAAUUAUUUUGAUAUGCAACUAGAUUCUUAGAUAUUUUCUUUAUGCACUGGUCUUAAUGCCCUCUUGGUAAUUGACAUAACAUUUAACAUUUAGUAUAGAAAAUGAGAUUGACAAAUUAAUAUGUCAUGUGUAUACUAGCUACAAUCAUGCAGUAUAGCUGUACAUGCCUUGAUUAUAAAAGCAUUGUGAGCUCAAUUGUGACUUUCAUAUAUUUGUCUUUUCACAUCUUGUAACAGAUUUCUACAGAGGAUAUUGCAGAAGGGUUUAUCAUGAGAACAAUGAAUAUGAAAUCUGGCAAGGUAUUAUUGCAAACAAUCAUAUGAAAAAAUAAUGUAAACAAUUAUUGACAUUUACAUAAAAAUUUCAUUGAAUUUAAAACUAGAACUACCCCAAAAUUGCUGAGGCCUGGGCUCUCUAAUAGCCAGGAAAUUUAUAUUACAAGUCAUUUUAAUUUCCUACUAAUAUAUACUAAAACAAUGGAUAGCAUUGACGUUGCCCUCUGAUUGGCUCUCAAAUUCCCAACAUCCUUUGCUAUUCACCUCUGAACAACUUGCACAGGAUUUGCACACAAAAAUAUUGUAAUCAUUGCAGGAAUAAAUCAGUAAAAACCAUCUUUUUGCGCUACUAAUAUUAUCUCACUGUUAUAGAAUAUACUAAAAUAACUAUUCAUCUCAGUUUCUAUGGCUAGUGCUGGAUAUUUACCUUGCUGCUGCAUAGCUUGGUAAAUAUCCACCUCUAGCCACCUCCACUAUUGAGAAUAGUUGUCAAUUUAUUUUGCUUCACUUUUCAGGAAGAAAUGAUGGUGACACAGUUGCAGUAUACAGCUUGGCCUGAUCAUGAUGUCCCACGAUCUGCAACACCCCUCAUAGAAUUGAACAAAACCCUCAGGGCUGUACAAGGAAAUAGAAAACAACAGUUAUUAGUCCACUGCAGGUAAUGCAAAAAAUAUAUAUUAUUGGUUAUUAAGAAUUUAACUUAAUUGUUAAUUAAAUCUAAUGUUAACCCUCAACUGAUGAUCAAACAUCAGUAUGCAUAAAUCUCAAUACUGUUCUCAAUGCAUUUCCUAAGGUGCUGACAAGGAGAAUUUGUUUAGCAAUCAGGAAGUUCUUUAGUUGUGAUCAUGACCUUGAUGUGUGAUGUGUGAUUCAGGGUUGAUAUUGUAAGCUAGGGGAAAUUAGAUGCAAGGGAUCAAAGAUGUAAAAUAAGGAAAUGGUUCGGCCAUUGCAGGGACACACAUCAUGCUGGGCACUUCCUCCCUGGAUUUAUUUGUGUGUUUAUUAUCAAAUACAUGUAAUGAGAAAGUUUCAGUCCACAACAGUCCUUAAAUACUUUAAACCUCCAGUCAAAGUUAUCAGGGACCUAUUUCUCCUUACAAUGAUUUAAUAUUGCUGAAUAAUUCAUUAAGACCAUGAGAAUGAAGGUAAUGAUCACCAACCUGAGAUGCUUUGAUUGUUGAGUAAAUUCCCUUUGUCAGUAUCCAAAGAAAUGUAUAGAGAAGAGUGGAGAGAUUAUUGCUGCUGAUGUUAGGAUGUAAAGGGUUAAGAUGGUAAUUUGGCAUAGUUUGAGAGACAUUAUUAACCUUUUUUUUUUAAUCACAUGAUUUCUUUUCUUUUCCAGUGCUGGUUGUGGUAGAACAGGAACAAUUUGUGCUGUGGAUUACGCAUGGUCUCUUCUUAAAAUGCAUGUAAGUACAAAAUUACUCAGCGAUAAUGUUGUAUAUGCAGCUCUGAUCACCCUCAAGGAAACUCUUCCCAGGUCUAUCCAGAGUAUUUUAGAUGCAUGGCAAGCUGAAUUAUACAGACAUUUUAAUUGAUUCGCUGUUUAUUUGCUAGUGAAGGACAGAUAUAAGGAUGAUGUCACCACAAACAACAUCUUGCUUUUUUAUCAUGUAAACUUAAUGGAUUCCAUUCCAUGUUUCUGUGGACCUGUGCAGUCCUUGUAUUAAACUACAGAAGAUGUCAACUUUUCUGAACCCUUUAACUUCCAUGAGGGAUCUAGAUCGAAUUUCUCCUUACAAUAUCAAUACAAAAUCAAGAAGAUAUGCGACGAGAACUAAGAAAAGUAUCAAUUAGGGAAUCAUUUGUUGAUCCAAUACCAAAUUCUCAGAAAUAACACAAGAUGAAUUGUAUAGCAGACAGUAAGGAGAAUUACUAAUGACAUCGUGGGAGUUACAGGGUUAAGGACAAAGAAUUCACACUCAGCUGCACCUCAUCUGUGCCUUUUUUGGUUCACAUUUUGAUGUCAUCUGUGAUCUGUUACUUAACCCUUUAAACCCUUGAAUAGUGACCAACAUCCAAAUUCUCCUUGCAGUAAAACUGCCAAAUCAUUCAUUAAUAUCAUGAGAAAAAAGGAAAUUAUCACCAACCUAAGAUGCUUUGAUUGUAAAACAAAAUCUCCUUGUUUAGACUAAAAGAAACUUAUAGGGAAGAGUAGGGAGAAUGUAGAUACUGAUGUUGGGGUGUUAAGGGUUAACAGAGGCUCAGCAGCAUGGAAUUUUCUUGUUGAGUAUUUGCACGCGCAGUUAUGGGGAUAUGGGUGGGCUGUUCUAAAGGAGCCUGUCAUCAAAACGUUAAAACUUCCAAUAAAAGUUUAAUUUAAGGUGAAUACUUAAAAACCAUUUAAGGAUAUGUGUAUGAAUAAUGCGCAAUGGAAGGCUCUUUGCUCGCGGAAACACAUUUUCCUUAGUCAAUAAAUUUUACAAAACUGUCAGCAGGUCUGUCUGUCUGUCUGUCUGCCUCGCUGUUCGUAUAAGUGUUGGUAGACCAUUGCGUGCCAAUCAGUUUAAAAGAAAAGGUGUAUUAAAUAAUUGGAGUGAUUCUCAAAUGAAACACAUUCAUAACGUUACCUUGCAGAAGACGGCUAAUUUUAGUGUGUAUAACAUAGUAGCGGAUCUUAGAAGGCAAAGGAUGGCCAUGGUUCAGACAAAGGUACUAUGUUAUCAAAGUUUGUUUUUCCCAGUCAUGAUAUACUGUGUAGAUCCGUCGGAUAGACAUUUAUCGACCGGGCAGAGAUUUAACGACCGGGUAGAGAUUUAUCCGUGGGUUACAGAUUUUUCCACCGGAUGGGAAUUUAUCCAUGGGGUAGAGAUUUAUCCACUGGUUAGAGAUUUAUCCAGGGGUAGAGAUUUAUCCACCGGGUAGAGAUUUAUCCACCGAAUAGCGAUUUAUCCACCGAAUAGCGAUUUAUCCCAUGAGUCUCAUCCAAGUGGUUUUCAGGGGGUCCUCUGAAGAAAGUGUAAACUAAAAAUCUAUAAAAAUAAUAUGCAUUUAAAUUAAAACUUGCUCGAGACAAAGAAGUAAAAAGUUGUAGUGAAAGACAUUUUUCGUCUUGUCACGAGCGUGAGACAAAGAAAAAAUUCCUAGUCCCAAAACUCACCACCAUCGUGACAAGAUGAGAAAUAUAUUUCACUAUUUCUUUACCGAGCUCAGAACUUAACAUCUUUCUUAUUAUAUCAACAAACAUGACGCUGGUGGCUCAGUAGUAGAGCAUCGGAGCGCGGAAUCCGAAGGUCAGAGGGUCGAUUCCUCAUAGGGACUCAGAAUUUUUUUCUUUGUCCCACACUCGUGACAAGAUGAAAAACAUCUUUCUCUAUUUCUUUACCGAGCUGAAAACUUGCCGUCUUUCUUAUUCUAUUACCAAACAUAACGCUAUCGACAUCGCUGAUCCUAGCAGUAUACAGCACACGUGUCAUAUGAACUUCGUAAUAGACUUCGCUCGCUGUAAAGUCUCUGUGGCUUAGUGGUAGAGCAUCAGAGCGCGGGAUCCGACGGUCUGAGGUUCGAUUCCUCAUGGAAAGUCAGAAUUUUUUCUUUGUCCCACGCUCGUGACAAGAUGAAAAAUAUCUUUCUCUAUUUCUUUACCGAGCUCAAAACUUCCCAUAUUUCUUGUUCUAUUAGUAAAAGUUAUUUUGCAAAGUGCCUGUUAAAGGGUAUUUGUGACAAGAUCACUUUGAUCUUUCAAACAGGAGCAGUACGCACUGGUUUACAAAGCUGUUGUUCAACUCGUUCAAGAAGAAUUCGAUAGAGAGAGGAUGAAGUCUCACACGUAUGUCAAUGUGGAAUUACCUACUUCGCCUCAAUCACCUCCUGGGAAUGAAGAUUAUGAAAACUGUGAAUUCUUAAACAGUGUUAGUCGGUGGAGGCAGAAUGACGUCGAGAGUGGAUCGUCUCCAAAACCCUUGGCACCAUUGCCUUCGCCUAAAGAGACGAAAAGCAAUUCUAAGCCACAGCUGGCAAGUAAACCCAAUCUACCAAAACUUGACAGAGCUGCCGCGGCAAAAUCAUCAGCGCAUGCUAACGGUGACUACGUAAAUAUUGAAUUUCCUUCCAAAGUUAUUAAAACGACGCCGGUAUCACCAGCACGCGAAACGUCAGCGCCAUUUGCAGCUCCACUUAGUCCAGCACAUAGAGCAAACAUACCUGGUUCAAAUUCAAGCAGAGCUCGAACAGGCAAUGGAAGCCCACUUGAGAUGAAACAGAAGAGUCCAACGAAUUCUGACUAUGAGGUUGUGCCCAAGGGAAUGACUCCUUCACCAGUAUCUAGUCCAGGAUAUGAAAUGCCUCCACCUAUGAAGAAAGUCAUUUCGUCUGAUUAUGAGUUUCCUGUGGUUUCUGCAAAGCGCGAAGACAAAAAACCAACAGCACAUGUACCUGAAGGUAUGUUACGUUACAUCGUACUGUGAAUUCCAGCUUUAACCCCGGGCAAAACCCUGAGUAUUUUGCAAAAAUCGAUUGAACAAACAUAUGUAACAUGGUAAAUCAAUUCACAACUUGUUUCCUGAAAAAUUUUUGGAAGUUUUAUUUCGUGCUUUCGGGACCUUUUCGCGUUUUCCCCAACAAGCAUCUCUGAAGGCACAGGUUCAACUCCCGUCGCAGCAGUUAACCCUUUAACUCCCAAGAUCUCAUUAGUAAUUCUAAUAAUACCCCAGGUGAUAUAUUUCUGUAUUCUUAUCACUUGCCUGCUUGAUACCAUGUUGAUAUUGUAAGGAGAAAUUCUCUCUUGGUCACUAAUGGGAGUUAAAGGGUUAAUUUGUUCAGGCUUCUAUUAUGCAGUUGCUUUAUUUUCAGGUCACUUGUGAGAGUCAUGUAUACACUUGAGACAAUCACUUUGCAACCGUUUGAUGUUGUGCACUCUGUUUUUUUCUUUUUUUUUUUUGUUGGUUUGUUUGUUGUUUUUUUUUCUUACUUAUCCAAUCACACUGUUAGCACUAAGCGGUGUAACAACACUAAAAUUGAUUAUUCGUGCUCGCUAUGAUUAUUAACUAUUUCUUUCUAUGUGAUUGAUCUUGCUGAUAAUUAACUUUUAACUAAAAAAAGUAUGUAAUAUUAAAUCUAUAAAGAUGUGAAUGAUUCUAGAACUAAUGUAUCCCUGAAAAGUAAUCAAGCAAGUAACGAAAGCGCCAUUAAAGAUCUUUAAUGCCACUUGAAAGGUCAGUUUGAUUGAGUCAUGCCAUACCGAAAUGGCACAGGAAAAAGGCAAUGCAUACGUACGUGCGCACACAUAUAAUUUGCUGAAGUAUAUUGUUGAUAGUUAUCCUUGCGCUAAAGACAUCUCUCCGGAUUCCCCUUAGCAUGCCUGUAGACAAUCUGUAGUAAACCUUAUUCGCCGAUUGCAUAUAAUUUAGUUUGUAAAUUAAAGUAACGUAAGUUGUUUUGUAAUAAUGUUAAAUGUUAAAACAGGUCUGUUAAUUGAUCUCGGAGAUGAUGUUCCUCCGGUGCCAUCCAAAAGGCAUUCCGUAGGCUCUGUAACCAAGAAUGGUGCAGGUGUCAGAUAUGAAAAUGUUGAAGGUAAUUUAAAAAUGUCGUAAGAAAUAUGUUUAGAUUAAUCCAUGGUCUGCAUAUUUAUCGUGUCCUACCUGGUACAAAUGCAGUUUACUGAAACAAAAACGCCUGUGGUGUGGUAAAAUCACUGAUGAAACACAUCACUGUCUCUAAGCUCUGUAAUCGUUUGAAGAGACAUCAUUUGCUUUAUUGGCAAGCUCUUUCAUAGUUGUAAAAAAGAAAAAAAACUCUAAUCUCAUUUCUUCUCAAGCUCUUUCACCAUUUGAGGGAAAAUCUCCUGUUAUAUCGUUUCAUUUUAGCACGUCCCAUUUCGUUCCAUUUCUUAUAUUCAUCUCACCUCAUCUCAUUGCCUCCUAUUAUAUCUUAUCUCAUCCCCUUUUGCAUUUCUUUUUCAUCUCGCCUCAUCUCUUCUGAUUUCAUAUUAUCUCAUCCCUUUCCAUUGCAUCUGUUCUUAUCCCAUCAAAUCUCAUCUGAAAUAAUUUUUCCUGUUUUCUCUUUUCUUUUUUACUCAGUCAAACCUUUAAUGCCCAUUGAGGUAAGAUCAUCAAGCUCCCCAAAUGUACUGGACGAUUCAUGGAUUCAUGGUAGCAGUUACUCAAAAACAACUUCCAAGAAUCCACCACAAGGCUUGUGUCCAGAAAAUGUAAAAGAAGGCGUCGACCGAAAGGGUUUCAGUACGGUCCCUAACAGGGUUCACGCUGAUUCUGGACCAAAGCGAUGUCCCCUGAGUGCUGAUUUGUUCCAGGACCCAAGUUCAAGUACCAUUGGCGAUGCAAGCAUUGGUGGAUUUGAGGUGAAGAAUUCACAGUCUGGGCCAUAUUGCUUGCUUGGUUCUACAUCAUCCAAAGCAACGACACCACAGCCUAACCUUGAGCUACAGUAUCAGAAGCAAAAACCAGCUGAUGAGGAUCCGCGCAAAACUCCACAUGCGCAGUCGCAGACACAGCCAAAGAGACAGAGUGAACCACCUAAGACACGACCAAAAAUGGGGGCUUAUGCCUUGGUAGGGAUACCAGAGACUAAGAGCAAGACCGUAAAACCAACUCCAGUAUUUAUACCUGCCCCGUUCAGCAGUAAUCAUCCCAAAGGAAAUACUGCUAUUCCUGUGCAAAACAAAGGUGGUGGUUCCCCUGUGGAGGUCAAAGAGAAGCCAAUCGCUGAGCCUUCGUAUGAGCUGGUUGGACAUUUGCAGCCGCCAGGAAAGAUGGUUCCUGCUCAUCCAAUGCAGCAACCUAAACUUGAAAAUACGUUGGACGUGAAGAAAGAUGCCAAAAUGAAGCUGCAAGGGUCGCCCCUUUUAAACAGGAGAGACGACCAACAACUCUUUGCUAAGAGUAACAGCGUACCAGACGUUUCCAUCAGACGUCCGCCUGAUGGAGAAGCACAGGCUUCAGAUGACGCGACGAUUGGGCCAGGUAUGUACACAAGAUUAUGAGUUAACAAACAAAACCCCGAUAAACAAAGAGCUGUAAUUGUCUUCCGGUGGGAGCCUUAUAGGUCCGUUUCCUUCUUAGAGAAAAUAACUCCCAAAGAAGAAGAUAAACAAAUCGUCUAGUAGUGUGCUAGGCUUUAAUUUAAGUCAUAGUGUCUUGAUAUUCAGGGUUAGGUGAUCUCUGGAAAGAUACAGUGAAAUAAAAUUAAAACUUAAGAAAAGAGAAAACCCUGUCGGUCAGCCAUUGGUUCUGACUAAACUGUCCCUAGAUAUCCAAAGCAAUUUAACAUCUUGCAAUGUUGUUCCUGCCACUUACUGUCUUGGGAAUGUGGUUAUUAUUCGCAGAUAAUUUGGAUGGAAAGGACAUCUUAAGUUAAAUCAGAAGAACUUAUGUUUUACAGAUCUUUACGCCACAGUUACUUCGAAAAAGAGAGACAGGCCAGACAAAAAGGAUAGUGGACCACCUAGCCUCCGAACUCAGACUUCUUCAGGAAGUUUACAAGUAUGGUUUUUAUCUUAUUAUUUUAUUACCGUGAUCAGUUGUAUUCAUGGUCAAAUUUUGGACAGCUGUAAAGCAUUGUUCAAACGGUCAUGAUAGUUGAUGAUAGUUUCAAAUUUCAUUCACUAUCAUUGACUAUCGUGUCUGCGUUCGAACAGUUGAUGAUGAUAGUUGACAAAAUCACGCUAGGAGAUCGCGUAAUUGAAAACAAGUAUGGCGCAUGCUUAGGUCAGCGAUUUCUGUGGCAUUUCAAAAUUUUUAGUCAAGAAGUUGGGAGUUAAAGAUACUGAAGCCUACCAGGAGAUGAUUAGAACGGGUUACGAGACAUUCUUCGAAAUAUUGACCGCUUCUUGAGUCAUGUUAGCAAUUGCCAUUUCGGUUUGAGCCCGUUUUGGGCAAAACUGCUGACAGAAAAACUCAUUCAGCAUCUUCCGCUCGUUCAAACGGCAAAAACAUAUAGAUGGUGUUUUUCCAUGAUAGUGCAUGAUAAUUUACGUUCAAACACGCGUGAUAGUUAAGACUAUCAUCAACCAUCGUGGCCGUUUAAACGGAGCUUAAUUCUUAAAGAGGUAAAUUAAAACUGGUGUCGAUCAUGAAAAUUUCCGCUUGGCGAAGUCACAAUUGAAUUUUUCAAAAGGAUUACUUAUGUGAUGUCGUUUAUAUUUUGUUGGUUACAAUGUUUUCACCACCAGUUUAUCUUUGUUUUCAUUUGUCUUAGAUGCAAUAUAAUAGUCACUCUAAGAAAGGAGUGACUUAUAUUUCAAACCCUUAUAUUUCUUCCCAGAGGUCUACGUCUACAUCAAACGAUGGAGACGAUUCCCCUCCGGCCGUCCCUGAGAAGACCAAUGAGGCGUUCCUUGUUCCAGGUACGUAAAGCAAAUUCACUCACUUCAUUCAACAUGCUGCAUAAGUAAUUUGAAGCAUAGAGGUCACAUUAUGUCUGACCAGUUGUCCGCCUGUCCAUUUUUCCACGCACUCGCUUCCUCGUUCACUUCGUGGGUUUGUGUUGUAGUUUUUUUUUUUUUUGAUGUCGUUCAGACCCGUGGUUCUUAGGUCGUUUUUAUUUUUUGCGUUCUUUUCCCUACCAUUUAGUCACUCAGUGUGCAUACAAAGAUAAAAGAUAACAUCACCACUUUAGCCAUGAGACCUACAAAAGCUUUUCGGGGUCGCCUUUGCUGAAGCGAAUAAGAGUUUUGCUACUCAUUCGGGGCGGAAUGGGGGGGAUGCUAAUGCAACGUAGGUUGCCCUCAUCAUGUUUUUUUAGGUCUUUUCGUGGUACCCACGUACACUCCUGAGUGUGAGGAGACAGUUUCUUUAGUAAUGAUGCUUUUGACCAAUAACACAAACGAACCCCUACCUCCCGACCAACGGCGUUCAGCGCACUAACCUCAAGACCACCAUCGCCCCCACAAAGCGUCAAUAUAUCUCAUUUUCAUGAACAGGUGAGGAACCUUACGAAGCUGUGCAGCAGAGUAAUAGAGGAUCUUUAGGGGGCCGAUUCAAGAAAAUGGUUAAAAGUAAUUCAAAGGUUAGUCUAGUGAGAUGUAAUUUUUAAGGGCGUGCACCAAUAUGACGAGAAUAUCAUGCAUGCAUGAUACCCUGUCUUGCUUACGUACACCAAUAUGACGAGAAUACCAUGCAUGCAUGAUACCCUGUAUUGCUUACGUUCACAGUUCUCAUCGCCUUUAUCGCGAAGUAUUUUCGGAAAAAGACUCACGUAUUUUAUUUAGACGUAUUCGAAGAGUCUCUAGUCCUCUGGUAACCUGCUAGAUAGACAAUGACUCCAUAUAAACAGAUUUUGCCUUUUAAUUAUAUUCGGCUGUUGCUGUUGCUGAUGUAUUGUUUUGAGCGAGAAACUCAAAUGCUGUUAAAAAGCAUGGAGUAGCUCAGUACCAAGGAAUAAUGAUUAAAAUUGAUGAGGUACUAAAUUAAAAUUAAACUUUUAGAUAAAUGUAUCUCACUAGUUGAUUACUCUUUGCGACAGGGCAGUCUACCCAAGCGUCUCUCUGAUCCAACAAUGCAUGCAAGUCACAGUGGUAGCGGGACGUCAAAAACCAACAGUUUGGGGAGUUCCACUAGUAAGUAGGCCUGUUCAGCGGUCACCUAUAGUUUGGCACAAUACUUCAUACUAAAUCGUUGGUUAGUAGUUUAAUAGCGUAAUAGUUUUUAUCGUUUGUCUCAGGAUGUUGUUACUUGUAAUGUUGAUUGUGAACUUUUCACGGCAUGCUUCAGGUCUUCUAAGCUCCAAUGUAUUGCCAUCAUCUCUUGUUUUGUACGUGUGUGUUUGUAAAUCGUGGCCAUCUAAAUUGUUAACAUUACUCUCUGCCCUGUUGAUCUUCUAUUUAUCAAGUUUUACACUUUUUGCAGUGGUCGUGCCAUGGGAUGAUAUAGGUACGUUUAUCAAACCUUCACACAAUUUGAAGUUCUUUCGCUCUGCUUAUUCAUCGAGUGUAUUUGAAGUCUUUUUGUUUUGUUAUGUAGGAUUAUAUAUUUCCUUUGACUAAUUCAUUUUUGAUUGAUUGUUUGUUUGUUUUUUAUUCUAUUUUUUUCCAUAUUUUGUUUUCAUUUUACUUUGUGUUAUUUUCAUUCUCCUUUUAUUUUUUUUUAAUUUUUAUAGUAUUUUUAUGUGGAAAUUUUUCUAAAGAUAAUUUGAUUGAUAUAUGAAGUUAUGAAAUGAUGAAGUUAUGAAAUAACCUAUUUUGCUUUAUUUAUUUUUCAUUUAGGGUACAAGAAGAGAGUGAAAAAGCCCAAAGGUCCCAGAGUAUGCCCAGCGCAGUGGCCAACAUUCGGCUAUCAUGGGUUAUAAUUUAGAACUUCCUUUAUCUUUUGACACAAGAAAAGAGAGAGCAUCACGUUUUGGGUCAAACAACAAUCUUCGUCUUUUUGUUUUUUUUUUUUUCGUUUUUCCUUUAUGAACCUCUUUUAUGAUUGGAUGUACAAAAAUAAUUAGACAAUUCAGGUAAAUGUAUAUCUUUCGGCAGAUAAAAUUGAAAUUAUGUCUCAGUAGAACGAGUUCCUGCGAGAUCAAAGAUAUCCUUAAAGUCAGCAGAAUUCAUUUUUCAACCUAAAUGUGGCUCACUUUUGGGUAAAUGUCAGGAAAAACAUAUUUCUUUCCAAUUUCGAAAUCUGGAAUAGG